AUGUCGUUUUCCGUUGUUGAAGAUGAAUUCGGAUAUCGCACAGAAUAUGAAGAAUUGACAAUUUAUAAAAUGGUUAUUGUAUUCGGUGGUGCAUUUUGGGCGAUAUUUGUUAUUGGAAUGGGAGCUUAUAAUUAUUUAUGUAUCAAGAAACCACCACCAAUGAUUUCAUUUGAAGAACAAAUUGGAGGAGUUGAAGGAGAUGCAGAAGCUAAUACUUCAAAAAAAUCAGUUAGAUCUUCUAUUUCUUCAAAAACUAAAUAA